AUUACUUGCGGGAAGUUUUCUUUUUCGCUACGUCAUCCAGGGGAGCCAGAAUAAAAAGAGCUGCGGGCAUAAGAACAGCUCCAGUAUACAAACAGCACAAGCGGCAGCGACUGCUCCGGCUGCAAUGGAAAUCAGCACACACAACAACGGAAGCACGCUGCUUUUUUGCAACCAGCCAAAUGACUUGCCAAACGUGCCGGCUCUCCAGCCUUUCUGGGACUUUGUCCGAAGACGGGAGGACUUGAUCAACUCUCCCUUCUUCCCGGCGCUGUUCAACUUUGCAAUCUAUACCGCUUUUUGCUUGCCUUUCAUCGCGCUGGAUUUGUUAAGCCCUUGGAUCUCCGUCCUGAGGAAGUACAAAAUCCAACCGCAGACCUCGCCUACACCGCAGAUGGUGGCUCUUUGCCUGGCCCAGAGCAUCUAUCACCACAUCGUGUGCAUCUUCCCGGUGACGGUUGCGCAUUGGUACUGGAGACCCGUGAGCCUGCCGAGCAUCGCUCCCGAGGUACCAGCGCUUCUCCUGCAGGUGGCUGCUUGCCUGCUGCUGUUCGACUUCUUGUCCUUUUUGUGGCAUUUGCUCCACCACAAGGUACCAUGGCUCUACAAAAAUUUCCACAAGAUCCACCACAAACAUGUCUCUACUUUUGCUCUGACCACACAGUAUGCCAGCGUUUGGGAGCUGCUCUGGCUGGGUUUCUUUGCUGUCGUUGGUCCAAUGCUGUUGAGGUGUCAUCCCUUGACGGAAAUGACAUUCUUUGUGGCCAACAUCUGGUUGUCUGUAGAAGAUCAUUCUGGCUAUGACCUGCCUUGGUCAACGCACAGACUGGUGCCUUUUGGCCUGUAUGGAGGAGCUCCUCACCAUGAUCUCCACCACCUGAAGUUCAAGUUCAACUACGCGCCUUACUUUACGCACUGGGACCGGUUAUUUGGAACUCUUAGUCAUGCUGUGAAGCCAAGCAAAGUCAAGGUCAACCAAGAUUAAAUUUUAUCCUCAUCUUUCACCUUAUCCUUCCCGGAGUCAGUAUUUGGAAACUUUGAUGUGAAAACAAAGGGAGAAAAUUUGCACUGAACUUAUUUAUGCAAAUAUAUUUAUUAGAUGUUAAUAUUUAUACUUUGGGAUUUGAUUGUAAUGACACAAACGGUGUGAAAGAGAGAAAAACAGUGGGGUUUUUUUGGGGGGUGGGGAUAUCUGUGCUUUUAUAAAGCUGCUAAGAAAAAUAUAUAUAUGUUUGCUGGCUGAAGAUACAUAUUUAUAUAAUUAUGUAUUACAUAUAUAAUAUAUAUUACAUAUAUAAUUCCUAUGGAAUUUGUCUCAUCUUCACAUUGAGGAGAAAAGGCAUAAAAUUGUAAAAAAAAUGUUUUAUAAACAUUUGUGUUCAUUUGCUAACCUGAAAAAAGCACUGAUCUUUGUCCUGUGAAAUUUAAGUUAUUUAUAUAUUACUUUUAUAUGAGUGAAAUAAACCA